GCUGCAGCUGGAAAGCAGUAGCAACAAGACGUGGUGCGGGACUGUAAAAAGAGUUCAUACACCAAAAUCAGUUCAGUUCGCGUUUGGACUUCGAAUCGGUCUGGUGUGUUCGCCUGCAGUUAACUUUCUAUGCCCCCACCGGAGGACUGUUGUUGUUUUUGUUGUUGUUGUUGUCCAGAGUGAAGUUUCGCGCAUUUCCCGCAGAUUCCCGAGACUAUCCGUUAGAGCACGCGAGCGCGAGUGUUGUUACUGUGACGCGACGGUGGUCAGAGACGGCGGCGUUUUCCGUCCGAACAAGCAAGAUGUACAGGGUUGCGAGAAGCAGGAAAAAUUGGCGGAAUUAAGUUUCUAUUUAUUCUGGCUGCUCUUGGCUUGGCUUUCCUCGGCGAGGCACGCUGCGUUUUUUUUUAUUUUCUGGUGGUCUGAUUGUGUGCGAUAUGCAGUUAGCUUUGGAUUUCGCCGUGUUGAACUAAAGCCGGGUGCCGUUGGAAUUUUCUUCUGCUAGGGGCUUGAUUUGCCUAAAAUUAUUACCUACUAUCUAUCUGUGCGAACUGGCUCCGGUAGGUGAAUCACACAAAGAGAGUAACAGUUUAUAUUUGAAUUCGUUUGCGAAAUAAAAGAAAAAAAAAUCGGAGGCGUGAAACAGAUAAUUGAUUGCUUUUCAAGGAAGCAGAUCUAGGUGAUUACUAACUGACAGCUUUGGACAAGAGUGUGGAACGAAUAAAAAAAAUACAUAACAAUUACACUAAAGCAUAAGUACCUACCGUGAGCGUCCUACAAUCGGUAAUCAAUCAACCGCAAAUAUAGUUUACUCUCAAACAAUUCGGUGUUCGCUACUACGAAGAAUGGACUGAGGUCGCUUAUGAGAAAAGUGUGCUAAUUAGAUUAAUGUUAUUAUUCCCCGGCGGGAGGGUUUUGCUUUUCAUUGCGGGACGUACAAGAGAAAGUAAAGUUGCCCCUGAAGACAGCCAACCAAACCAACCAAUCUAGUGUCAGUGAUCAGUGUAUGUGUGCUAUUUUCCGCAUUUAACUCAACGUCGAAGAUUAGUGCCCGGGCGCUUGAAACAAGAUUCCCCAUUGAUACGUCACGAUGGAGAUAAAAGUUGGAUUUCUUAUUUUAAUGGUCAUGAUAGCAUGUGGUCACGGCAGCAUCAAGCUGAGCGCACCCUGUCAGCAUGACAUGGAUUGCACGGACAGCAUCCGAGGCAGCUACUGCACCUUGGAAGGUUUCUGCGAGUGUUCCCCGUUCUACGUGCGGCUCAACGAGACCAAGUGUUUACCCUCUCAGCUGCUAGAAAGCGAAUGUCAUCUUUCGGACCAGUGUUCCAUGCGUGUUGCUAAUAGUAUCUGUGACGAAGGCCGCUGCCGUUGUGAAGAUGGCUUUCUGCAGUUCCGCAAGCACACCUGUUUGGCACCCGCUCAACCUGGCACGGUUUGCUACAGUCACGCGCACUGCCGCAUGUGGGACAGCGAAAGCCAUUGUGACUUUUUGAUACCGAAUUUGUUCGGCCGUUGCCAGUGCACUGCACCAGCCCACCAAGAGGGUCCUACUUGUGUGAAGGAAUCUACCGUCAUGUUGGAACAGGAAUUGCCUGGUUUCGCUAAGCCGCAACAGCAGGAACCUGAGAUUGAUCGAAUGUCGACCACUACGGAGGACGAUGCCGUUGUUGUCGAGAAUGCCAUGAUGGAAAAAGAGCAAACUGAUCUGGAUGAAGAAAUGGUACAGGCUGAGGAAAACAUUGCUGUCGAGAAGGAAUCCAUGAACCAGGAACGUAUCACUACAACUGGAAGCUACGAAUACACUACUAACGAAGAGACUAGUGAGCCAUAUGAUGGUUCUAGUAGUACGUCUUCUAUGCAGCAGUUCGAGAACACAGAGCAAUAUACCACUAUGGAACAGGAAGCUGAGGCCAAUUUCAAAGAUCAGGAAAAUGAGUCCGUUCGCAUAACUACCGGUAAUCCUUCUCAUGAAACAACAGAACUAGUACAGUCUGCAUCUGAGGCAUCGAACGCAGACUCCAAUGGUGAAAAUUAUGAAUAUGGUAGCACAAGUCACAAUAGAAAAGACGUCUCUUUGCAACACCAGAAUUAUCAUCCAAGGCCCGUCGAAGUCAUAGAAAAACACAAUAACAUUGCCGACGAAAACCAUUCGAAUCUGAUUGAAGGCGAAGAUGAAACAACUCCCAAAUCUAGCCAGGAGGAAUACGAUAAUGAUAACUACAUCUCAACAACUGAGUACCACGGUGAUAUUCGUCGACAUAAUUUCGUUACGAAAAAGAACGCCAACAAGGGGCAGAUGAAAAAGGAGCAAACAGAAAACGAGAUCGAUGGUGAGAUUGUUGAACACACAACCCGCACUAUGGUGCGAUUGGCCAGCAGAACAACAAUAAUGGAACCGGAAGCUCCUGUAUCGACCACAGUAGCAUCACUUAUACCUGAUGUAACGACGAGUACGCGCGCACCAACAACAAAAACCAGCAGAAUCCGUUCAACUGCCUCGCCUAGUACAAGCACUGUUGGAUUGGUUUCAAAAACAGAGGAAAACGUUCGAGUUAAGCACCAAGGCAUCCGGACACGUGUUGAUCUUGGCGACGGUCCAGUGUCGCUUGGGCUGGCGUGCAUCAACAAUCGCCAGUGCCAGCUGGCCGAUCCAUACGCUUACUGUAACGAAUUGGGCCGAUGUGAUUGCUCCAAUCAGCAACCGGUGGAAGCAAGAGAAGCAGUUUGCAACGGUGUCAACACCGGUUGUGCGCCCGGAACGUUUCAGUGUCGCUCGAGUGGAAUCUGCAUCAGUUGGUUCUUCGUGUGUGACGGUCGUCCGGACUGUAGUGACGCCUCGGAUGAGGAGUGCAAUUUUUCGCUGAAAUCAAACAUCACCAAUUGUCCGGAGUUGUCGUUCCGGUGCGAACGAAGUGGCCGCUGUAUCUCGCGGGCCGGAAUCUGCGACGGCAAAAUUCAGUGCCCCCAGGGAGAGGACGAGGUCGGGUGUGAUUUCCGAAAGUCGCGAAGAUGCCCGGAACAUACGUUCAUGUGCAGGAGUGGCGAGUGUCUACCGGAGUAUGAGUACUGCAAUGCGAUUGUGUCCUGCCGGGACGGUAGCGACGAACCACCGCAUCUUUGUGGAUCACGUUCGGUGCCCAAUUUCUUCGUGAAGCUACUGUCGGGAGCCAACAGUCGCAGCAGAAACUAUUGUCCGCUACGGUGCGGCAACGGAAAUUGCCGCUCGUCGGCUAUUGUCUGCUCUGGACGGGACGGAUGCGGCGAUGGCAGCGACGAGGAGAAUUGUUCCGUGUGCCGUUGUCCGGCACCGGCGUUAGAAGAAACCGAGCCACUUGUGUUUUUCACUCCCGCCAAUAGCAGCAGGACCAGGCAACGAAGUCGAACGGGACGCAUCACCAAUUAUUGGCAGAGGCCGCAGCAAUAAUAAAUGGGUCGUAACCAAGUUGGAAUCCCGGUUUACAUGAAAAACUAUGAAUUAUUUAAAACAAAUAUCCACUUGGUUCAUGAAACCAUUAUGAAGUACUAAAAAUCCAAGCUGCAGUUCGAAUGGAAACGCAAGGUACUUCGAAGCUUCUGUGAAGAACCAACCGUUCGCUGGGAAACACUUACUCCAUAGAAUCGUCAAAUUGGACAUAAAACAGUGCGCAAAAUUGUGUCGACCCAAAUAGUCUUAUCGCCCAGUGCCAAUCGCAAAACGUAUACACACACGCACACGCACAGAACAAGCCGAGAACGAUUGCCGCAACGCGUAGCGUUCUGCUUCGGCAUUUCUGUAUGAGAAGAAGUAUGUUAAAAAUUUUGCAUAUACGACGCUAUCCGGUCACCAGCCGUCCGCAGCAUAUCGCAUAUAAUUUUAUUUAUUCUAAACUGCAUGCACAUACAUGAACCUUCAUAUAUGAACAUUCACGGACAAAAAAAAAACACACAUACGGGAGCACGCCGCCGUCACUGCCUAGAACUAUUCGGAAGGAAGGAAUGAAAUGCGUGCUCUUCGUACGACUGAGACGUGAGCUAGAUAUUUAUAGUAGGGUAGUAGCAAACGUGUACAUAUGAUACUGAUUACUCUAGUAGAUCUUUUUGCACGCCUUUCAUUGCACAUCGAAGAAAAGGGAAGAGGCUGCGGUGAAACCCGGGGCACAGCUGCGAUUGGGCAUUGAAACCGUACUGUAUGAUUUUGUCAUUUCUAGAUUGGCGCUUUCGGUCGAAUUUAGAAUUUUAAGCCAUUUCAGAUCAACUCGUGAUACUUCGAUUAAUUGCCACGUUUCAUCCCAUAAGCUUUAUGGAGUUAACGAUAGACCUGAGCAGUUGGGCACGGUUCAGGGUUACAAUCCUUGGGAACGUAAGAAGCUUGGGUCGGUUCGUUCCAAACGAUUGUGUUUUUAGCAUAAUGGCAGCUGGCGAAAUCAACCCAAAACAACGAUUUAGUUAGAUGUUUCGUCUAGGAAACGAUUUAGAUUAGAUUUUAUGGUUUCGUCUAGGAAACGGUAAAACACGUUUUUCAGAUAUUGUUGAUAAUACCGUUGACGAUACCGGUAGUAAUGGAAGUUCAAUACACAGCGCUUGUCGAGUAAAAUAUUCCAUCUUGUAAUAACGUUUUUGAUUUUUAGAAACAUUUACUAUAUUUGCUGCCGGGUGUGGUUUCAGUUCUGAUACCUAGAUACACCCAAACUCCAUUUACGUAAUAAUCGGGGCUACGUAAAUCGAAUUAUGACGUAAAAAAGUUUACGUUAUUUGGAAUUUUCAACGUAAAAAAAAUUUUCCUUAUGUAUAUGUGUUAUUAGAUAUGUAUAAUAUAUUGGAUGGUUAUGGAACGAAAAUUAUGAGUAUUUACAGGAAAAGGAUGUUCUAAGCAGCAUCAAUUUCCAAGAUGGCGACUUCCGGUUUAUUGAUAUUCUUUGAAAACCCUUACAAUAUGGGUAUUUUUGGAACGGGUUUGAUGAGUAGAUGUCAGAAAAUGAUGUUUAAAAUCAUUUCAAAAUCCAAGAUAUUGUUUCUCGAAACCCGUAGCAAAACGAAUUUUUUCGGAACGGGUUUAAAGAACAGUUCUUAGUAAACGUUGUAAUUAUGUCUACUGUCUGUCGAAAACUUUAUAAUAUUGUUACUUUCGGAACGGAUUUUACUAGUCAAUAUUAGGAAGAAAGUUGUUCCAAAUAAACUUCAGGAACUUUAUUCCAAAUUCAACAUACUCAUAUUGAAAAGAUUUUCAAGGAAUAUCAAUAAACCAGAAGUCGCCAUCUUGGAAUUCAGAACCACCUCAAACAUCAUUUUCCGACAUCUACUCAUCAAUCCCGUUCCGAAAAUAUCCAUAUUGUAGUUAUUUCCAUGGAAUAUAAAUGAACCGGAAACGAUGUUCAUUGUACGCAAAAACUCCUUUUUCAAACUAGGUUCGUUUACGUUAUUUGGAAUUUUCAACGUAAAAAAAGAUUACGUUAUUUGGGAUUUUUAUCGUAAAAAGAGUUAAUUAAAAAGAGGUAACGUAAAAAAAGUUUACGCAAACGGAGGUUUGGGUGUAUAUGAUUUUUUUAACAAUACGUUUUGUAACCCAAAAUAUCAUGGAUAUUAACUGAGAGGUUGCUCACAAAACUUUCAGCUGCCUGUUAUUCUUGCUGUUUGUUGUUGCUCAUUUCGAUCCGGCUGAGUUUCAGCUAUAAACGUUAUUAAUUUAACUUUGAGUUUUGUCUUGAUUAACUGAAUCAUUUGAUUUAGGAUGAACUUGAAAGGUGUUAUACAAAUAAAGCUAUGCCCAUUUAGAAUCCGGAAUAAUAAAAUCAUAUGUAUUUCGGAAACGAAUUGACGUACACAUUGGCGUAUCUAGAGGGGGGCGAUGGGUUUAGAGGGGCGCAAACCAAUCCUUGGGAUUAUUUUUUUUGCUCGCCCCCCGCGUCAUCUUUCCGGAGAUGGAGUUCAGCUUUGUUUUUUUUUUGCUCACUAAACCAACGAUGGAGGUGGCAAAUCUCUUAUUUUGCCCCGGGCGCCAAAUUUCCUCGGAUUUACUGGACGUACAAAUAAGAUUAUAAUCAAAACACAGAUAAUUCACUGUUCUUUAAGAAAAAAAAUAUCAAUACAAAUCAUUUCUCUUCGUUUCUAAUGGAAGUUUGCACUUUCUUUUUGAUUUCUCACAGAUAAAAAUAUUUUGUGAAUUUACAUCUAUUUUCAUGCACAUAUUGGAGCAGGUAAUUAAACAUAAAAUUACUCUACAAUUCUGUUCGUUUCAAUACAAUUUAAUCGCAAAAUAAGCGUUAAUUGAAAGAUACAGUAAUAUUAAUUGAAAAUUCAAUGCAAUUCAAUUUAGUUUUGCAUCGAUGAAGGUUUUCAAUCAAAAUUUCGAUUCAAUCCAUGUCUAUUCCAUGUUACUAUUGAUUUACAUCUCGUGUAAAUUUCAUUUAUUUUCUGUGCUUCCAUCAAACGCUGCAUAACUCCGGAGUCCUCUUUCUUGACACAUUUGUUCCACAUUUUGGUCAUCUGAGUCGCGCCCUGAGCCGAUUUUCCAUUUUUCUUAAACCUUCGCUUUAUUAUUGGGCCGAAGCUGCGUGAAGUUGGGAGAAGUUAUGUUUUCAAUCGAUGACUUCUCGGGCUGUAGUGGCAACUCGCCAAUUCUAGCCAAAACUUCACGGGACCUUUAUGGGCUUUCAUGAAAGGUCAAAGUCAAAAUCUUGGCAUUACAUUCCUUUUGUGGAAUUUGGCCUUUCUGUUUCAACAGACUUCGCAGCCGAUUCUUAGUGUGCAGAAUUAUUCGUUGCACACCGGGAAUUAACGAACAUUUCUGGCCUUCGCCCUUAUUCAGAAUAACGACGUAUUGGUUUUUCGAUCGAAUAUGGUUCGGUCGAAUCCUAGCUACCUUUGAUUUUGCUAGCGUUAUUAGGAAUGCGAAUGAAAUACGAUCGAAAAACCGAUACGUCGUUAUUCAGAAUAAGGGCGUUGUCUCCGGUUUUUUUCCGCAGCCGGCUCACCACUGGAUUCGGGGACUUGGUGUUUCCCGAUCUGUCUGUGGAACGCAUUCGGAUUUUUCUUGACGGUGUUAAAACUUUUUCUUCUUCUUCUUCUUCUUCUUCUUCACUUCUGGUGGUGGUGGUCACCUCACUUGAGAUGACGACGAUUUAUGGCACAGCGAUUUAGCUAUAUUGUCAGUUAGUUUUCGUUUAUAGUCCAAUGGACAUUCUUUUCACUGGACUACAAGCCGCUAUGUGACAACGUGGAGUCUCCGAAGUACGGAAGAAAAUCUUUUCUUUCUCGCGAAACACUCGAAUUUUCACCGCACUAACACGAUACGACGUGUUCACUCGUUAAGAGUUUCACCGGAAGUGUCAAACUUUUUCGGUUGAUCUGCGCCUACUCCGAUGCAAUCUCAAUAAUCAUUUGACAGAUUACACUCUAAGCUAGGUUCACUCAAAACUUUAUCUACUUUUACAAAACUCGUCUUCAUAUAUUUUUAAUAUAUUUUAAUUUUAAUUUUCACAAAAAAAAUAUUUAAUAAGAGUACAACACAACUUAUAUAUUGAUCUAACUAUAUUUAUUGAAUAAUAUCUCAACCUGAAUGGGGAUAACCUCUGAUAAUCAUUUGAAUAGUAAAUUUUUACCGGACAUAGCCUGAAUUUAAUUGUUAGGCCGGAUAUUUUGAAAACCGAAUUUUUACAAUCCUAUGCUGUCACAAGUGCUAUCAAUGCUCCCCGCCUCUGUGGCAAAGAAGGAGAAGGCGCUAGGCUCACAAGACAGUUGUAAAAUGAUCGAGUCCAGACUUGAUAGGAACCUUCACUGAAAAUCAUGUUUACCUAUUUUUUGAGGAGAACUCUUCUAUAAGCUUCCCAAAAUUAGGUCGACAUCUACUCAAACUUUGACUUGAUCGUAAAAAAUGGGUAGCGUGCCUUGUUAUGGCAAAACACUUGUACUAAACUUACAUUUACCUAAAUUUUGAGGUCAUCAUUCGUUACUCAAAGUUGGGGAGAUGCACUUUAGUUGAUUUUGGGUAGGUUUUGACCCAAAAUUAGGUUGCGGCUGGUAAGAGUGUUGAACAUGCGUGCACACUUCCUGUACACUGAUGAGAAGAAGGCUGAGAAGUUUAUAGAAACUGAAUGUCGAACUGAACUUUGCUUCGGAAAGCAGUUUCCAGAUUUUAUUUUGCUUAAAUCUGUCUUAGUUUUUUUUUUUAUUUCUCGGAUAAGCAAAUUUUGACUUGGCGACGACCGAAUUUUAGCUGUUUUCAAAAUUACCUUAAUUCAUUUUUCCUCAAAUCUACUGAAUCGCUUGUAGGCAAAAAUAGCAUCGUCUAGGAGGGUUAUGGUAGUUUGGAUGUGAGUGAAUAUGACCUGUUAAAACUGCUACAGUUUCAAAGCUCAACUUUUGAUCACCAUUAGUUGAGAAUAUUUAUCAGCCUAUAAAGCCAAAACCACAUGACAUAAUUCUACAAACAGUAUAAUUCAUAACUAUUUUGCUUGUCAAAUGAUGCAGUAUUCCAUUCGUACAGAGUGUAAUUUGCACCUUGCUACCAAGUGUGCUUCUUUGGCUCAGUCGAUUAAACGGCGUGCUAUGAGAUUUAAUGAUUCUCGGUUCAAGUGGCGCUUUUGCUUUUAAUCUUCAGUUUUUUUAUUUUAUUCGAUUUCAAGCCAUGUAAUUUUCAAAUCAUACAAUUUUAUAUGUUUUAGAAUAUGAAUUUGAGUUAAACACGACGAUCCAUUUAUGUGCAUCUUAUGAGAUGUAAAAUCAUCAUUUUUUCAAAAUUGAGUGAAAUAAAUCACUAGUUUGGAUAGAUGUGCCCAAUCCAGUACCGCCCUCCAAAUGCCCAACUUCUUUUCUUCGAUAUUAUAGAACAUGGCAAAUCAUACUUAAACAAACUACGGUUGUUAUUUUGAACAUUCCAUAAUCCGCCUAUAUCGCAUGUAAGUUAUCACCAUUCUUAGCUUCGGUAAGUUCACAUUUUAAUUAGGUAUUUGUAGGCAAAUUAAACGGAACAAUCGAAAAGUCGUGAACAAAGCUAGUUGCAACAUCUGGGCGUAGUAAAUUGCUUCGCUACGAAACACCACUGCGUUACAAAGCAAUCCUGCUGCACUAAACGGAAUCAGCUUCGCAGUUAAUAGUUUGUCAUGGAUUAAUGUGGUUGAUAUAAGAUUAGCAUUGUUUGAGGAUGAAGCACAAUAAUUUUACAAUUAACUUUUCUAUAUAUUAGACAUGAGAAGUCUGCUAGCGCUUUCCGGGCACGCGUAGGCAACGUACCUUAAUUGAAAAUUACUCAUCGCUACGCCGUACGCCAGAUAACAACCGUCGAUGCCAUGUACCGAACGUAGAAAGUGCUGACACGGUUAGAAUGGAACCCAGACCGGGGAAAGCAGAUUAACGAAAAUUAUUGGAAGCUUUGUUCAUUGAGAGGCAAAAAGCGAUUUCGCUAUCCAUUCGUUGAAUGACACGAUCCAAUUAUUUUUACUACUCUCAAUCGCUUCGUUCUAUAAUUGCCACACCUCUUGAAUUCCCACUUUCAGCUUUCUGUCGGUUUUCACGAUUUUCUAGAAUCAGUAGAAAGCAGCUAUAUAGCGUACAACUAUUUAACAUAAAUUAUAAUAAUGUAAACUAAUGUUUUAUAAAUCCCUAAAAUUUAAGGCGAUUUUAGCUUUUAGAGAAGAUUUUAAAUAAAAUCAUACAAACAA